AGCUCGACGCUGCCCGGCGUCGAGACGCUACCGCAUUGCUGCCCGCACGAGCACGCAUCACCGAAAAGACCUUCAUUUACACAAGCCUGCACCGCGCGAGGCUGCCCACGCCAUCGCUGCGGCCCCGACGAGCCACCCCAGCCCAUGGAGGCCAAAUCAAGUGAAAGAGAAGACGCCAAGGACGCGAAAGAAGACAGCAUCGUAGCGAAGGUCGGCCGCUACUUUUUUGAAGAUUCCUCCUUCUCGCAGACCUUUGAAGCGUGGGUCUCAAAAAACGCGCCGCGCAUCGAUCCCGCAUUAAGUGACGACGAGUACCCCCUCGAGUACACGGCGCUCUACGAGGAGUUCAAGAAGUUGUAUGAGGGGCUCCUCGAGGAUUAUAUUGAAAGGGAAGGUAGUAGUACGGAAGCCUUCUACGCGGAGCUCCGCGAAGCCACCGAGCGGGAUGAAGAUAGUUCAGAGGCGCUCAUGGGCCAGAUCAUGCUCGCAACCACCGAUUUCGACGUGUUCAUGCUGAUGAUGAAGGAAAGUAGGCGGCAGUACGACGUCAAGGAGAAGAGUAGGCACAAAUAA